AACAGAUAUAGGCUCACUCAGACUUUUAGUGACUAAGCUGAACACCAGCGUGGAGCUCAAUGUAAAAACACCAUGGGUAGACAAAGGACCCAAGCAUCCAAGCUUCAUCGCCACUGCGAGAGCUGCCACAGCCGGCGCUGCAAGUCGCCGAUUGAGAUUUCUGUGUCAUGUGCGAUCAUGAGCUGCCGUUUGCUAUGCGGUGCUGUGUUUCACCUGUGCAAAGAAGAGGAACACAUGCUCUUGUGCCCCAACGAAAGAGUGCCUUGUCUCAAUGUCGAAUACGGCUGCCCGUUCACCAUGUACCGCUCAAACCUGGCUAAGCAUCUGACGGUGUGUCCUGCCAGCAUCGUCUCCUGCUCAGUGGAGUGGAACCGAUGGCCUAUCGAAGAGUCUGAGACCCCUGAGUUCUACAAGAACAUUUUGAAGGAGAACUACGCUCAGGAACCUCUGGAUCUCUCAAUGGCUCUGAGGGACCAGCAUCAUCUGUUUCAUUCUCUCAAAAUGAAGAAUCUCUUUCCUGAACUGAUCGAAAAGGUGGCUGAGGUGGAGGAUUCGGUUGCAGUGCCAGAGGGGGCCGUGGGAGGGGUACCUCUCUGGAACGGAGUCGAGGAAGCAUCUGCAUCUUCAAGCGAAGAAAUUGUAGAAGGUGGACUGACUCAGGAGGAGCGAGAGGAAUUGGCGAGGAAUCCCAAUGUGGUUAAUCUCGAAAGCUAUAAUAUUUGGGAAAAAAUGUUCAGCAUGGAAUUGAGCGGCUGCAAGCAUACGAUAAAAUCUUUGGGGCAAAAUCCCGAAACGUCUCAGAAACAAAUAAAGCCACAAGCCAACCCAAACAGGUUGGAAGUCUUACAGGAAGAGCUGCCAACGGAGAUCGAAAGUCAGGACACCCCUACUGACAUCCUUCAAUACAACUUCAUGGACGAAGACAAAUUCAUCAUCGCCACAUCCCUGUUUGCAUGUGACACGAGACCCAAGAAGAAACUCGUUUAUGAACGUUUGGAGCCCAUGAAGAUUAAAACAGUCCGCACUUUUAAAAUUCCAACCAGCUUUAAAGCCAAACAAAGUCGGAUUCGAAACCCCUCACAUAACAAGAAGGUUAACGUGAGCGUAGAUACAUCUGACCUAGGUGUUGAACUCGAUGAUAUGCCAAAAUGGGAUGAAGUUCAAGCAACUCUGUUGUGCUCUUUGGAGAAGGAACUACGAGGGCAUCUCAUAGCCGAAUCUGGUUCCACAGAUGCUCUUCUUACAGACGUUGGAACUCAGACGUAUGAUUUCUACUCGGCGCCUUUUAAAGCAGACACCUCAUUGGCUGACAUCACAGCUGACCGGGCUUUGAAACUUCAUGUCCACAUUCAGACAGAGAGCGUCACCAGAAGACACAACAAGUCCAGCUCUGCUUUUACGUACCUCUGCAACCACAUAUUCAGACGGGAUGAGUUUUCGUCACACUACAAGAACAUUCACUCAGACAUCCAGAGUUGCGUCAGUGGAUGGUUUGAACAGCGAUGCCCUCUUGCCUACCAAGGCUGCACUUUUAUUCAGAGAAGGUUUCAGCCUAGCUCUCACAGAGCGACGGUUUUCUACGACAAGGAGCUCAGCACUUUCUGCCUCCGACCGGAGGUUUCAGAUGUACUGUAUGAAGGUAUAAAACCGGUGACUGUGGAAAGAAAGCGUGCACGCAAUACAGACGCUCUGAGCAGGCUACCUUUUGAGGUUCUAGUCCAUGUUGCUGAAUUUCUUGAUAGCUUCACCCUGUCCCAGCUGGCACUGGUAUCUCGUCUAAUGAGGGAAGUAUGCAGGACCUUGCUUCAUGAUAGAGGGAUGGUCUCACUGAAGUGGGAGAAGAAGGUCUACUCUCAUGGCGGAUGGUGCUGGAGAGCCAGAAAGACGGUGUGGCAGUACAGCAACCUGUUCUCCACCGUGGACAGCUGGUGCUUUGACAAAUUGCCUCCGAUUUCUGAACAUCUAAAGGUUUGUCCCUACUACCAGGUGGAGAAUAAGACUGCACCUUUUCCUUUAACUGGCGUUCAUGAGUGCCAUGAAAAGGAAGCACACAGGAAUCGGAGUCUAGUCUCCAUGUUCAUGAAAAAGAAGUCGAAUUUGUAUUAGAAUCAAAUUAAAUGUUUUAAUUGUGUGACAUAUACAUACACACACAUAUACACAUGCACAAGAUCAUUAAUCUGUACUGAAAUUCUGUUAUUUUGUUCGAAAUAUGUGGAAAAAUCAAUAAAUAAACAAUUUUUCAAUUUUGUCUUGGAAUGAUAUUUGUGUUCAAUCUAUACCCUGUCCUUUCACCCAAAAACUGAAAAUUCAGUCAUUAUUUACUUACCUUCAUGUCUUUCCAGACCUGUAUGCCUUACUUUCUUCUGCAGAUCACAAAAGAUGAUAUUUUGAAAACCGUUUCAUUACCACCAACUUUGAUUGUAUAUGGGCCAUUCUACAGAACUGGUGCAAACUGCUGUCCCACAGUCAAAAAACACAUUUAAAAAGCAUUUAAGUAUUCAAAUCUUAGAUGUUUACUACUUCUAUUAUCUAUUGAAACAAUAAUAUUUAAAAUAUCAGUAAGCUUAACAUAUAUAAGAUCAUCACUAAGUGGGUAAUUUCAAUUGAGAGGUGACUGUCCCGAACCCUAACUCCUAAAUUUCAACUUAUGAAAAUGAUAUUGAAAUGAUUUUUGCAUUUUAAGAUAUUAAUAUCUUUAAAAUCGUCUAUCUAAAUAUCUAAAGUUGUCAUUACAAUAACAGCUACGAUCAAAACAUUUGGUGAAGUUUCAGUAGUGAUUCAGUAGAGUUAUCCCAUGAUGUUGUCAUAACAGUCACGACUGAAACAUGCCAUCAUUGUUUUGGUCCUCAUAUUUGGGGGAAAUAAAGAAAAUUUUAGUACCGUUAUGCAAAUUUUUUGUAUUUUAGUAUGUUUUAUGUGGGUUAAAAUUCUGUAAUGUGAUGUGGUGGCUACCAAAACAUUACUGUCACUACCAAAACUGUUCUGUCAUGACCGAAACAAGGGAUGUUUUGUCAAAAAUAAAGUAUACUGAAUUAUCAGCUAAGAUGUUCUGACAGUGUUUGGUUCAAUGUAUAUUCAAACUAAUUAAAAUGAAUGAAGUUUGAAAUCAGUGUAAUCAACGUUUUUCCUUUUACAAAGAAAAACUAGAUUUAAAAAAAAGUAAAUCUCAUAAAUCACACGUGAAAUAUUUUAAAAAUUGUAAUUGUUAUUGAUUUACAUCUAAAGACUUUUUUAAUAAAAUAGAAAAAUAUAUUUACAAGGAAGACGUAAGCAAAAUCUUAAUAGGUCAAAAUAACCCUUCUUAUUAAAUUAUACAUCACUGUAUUUUGGUAGUGACAAAUUUGGGGAGAGGACAAAUAUUCCAAAACUUUGUGAAAAUACAAUAUGAGAAUUAACUGCACAAUUACUUGAAAUGUGUACCUUGGAUAAUAUACAAUUUGCAUACAUACAAAAUUUGUUUUCAACUCUUUGAACCAGCUCUGUAGAGUGGCCCAUUUACAAAAAAAAAAAGUAAAAUAAAAAUCAAAUUGCUUAUUAUUUGGUUAUCUUAUAAUUGUUGACCUGUGUAAUAAAAAGGGUUAAGUUGGUUUAAGUGAAGCUUGUGACAGUGAAAGGGUUGUUUUAAGAAGUAAAACAGAUUUUUGACCUUUUAUUAUUACUUAAAUGUUUUAUGAGGACAGAAAACAUGCUGACGCAGAAUGGGGAAGGAAAAAAAACACUUGUGUUAGCAAUUUCAAAAGAUGUUUAAUACAGUUCAAAUUUUGGAGAAAUGAAACAAUCACUUUUUUUUUCUCAGCAGCAGUCUUUUUUUUUUAACCCCAUUUUACCGCCAACAAUCAGGAAAAGACGUGUAAAAUUUACUGCGGGACACUG